UUUGCAUACUAAGAGAACAAAAAUACAUCAAACGGAACCAAUCUUAGCGUUACGAGACGUACGCUUUAGCCAAAUCCUUGUAAUAAUUUAUUCUUUUUAAUGAUAUUUUAAUCUUCUCUGUCAAUUUUUUUUGGUUUACGUUGCGACUCUAUUUGAAGCAUUCAAGAUAUUUGAAGUAUUAGGUAUAUGUCAUUGUAAAGUAGAGAGUUAUUUUAGAAACUCAUCGUAGCAUGAUGGACAACGACUUUACCUUGCGUACUACGAUAUGACAAAGGAAAAGCAUUGUACAUGAUCAAGGAAACAGCUUCAAAAUGAUGCGGCAAGCGAGUGUAGAGGAUAACUACGACUAUCUAUUUAAAAUCGUACUUAUUGGAGACUCGGGAGUUGGAAAAUCGAAUUUAUUAUCUCGCUACACAAGAAACGAAUUUCAUUUGGGUUCAAAAGCAACUAUUGGCGUUGAAUUAGCUCAUAAGAAUGUAGAUGUGGAUGGAAAAAAUAUUCGCGCACAGAUCUGGGAUACAGCUGGUCAAGAGAGAUACCGGGCCAUMACMAGUGCUUAUUACCGUGGGGCUCUAGGAGCUGUUYUAGUGUAYGACAUCGCCAAGGGAACAUCAUUUUUAAACCUGGAUAAAUGGAUACAAGAAUUGCAACARCAUGCAAGCGACGACUUAUCUGUGAUAUUAGUAGGAAAUAAACAGGACUUAAAGCAUCUAAGAAUGAUUGAAGCCCGGAGAGGCAAGCAGUUCGCUGCAGAUCAUGGUAUGUUAUUCAUGGAAACAUCGGCUUUAGAUUCAACRAACGUUACCGAAGCUUUCGAGUUCAUAUUUCGCCAUAUUUAUGAUAAGGUCAGAGCUAAAGAGCAGGAGAAAGCUGGGCAGAUACUUCAGCAAAGCAAUGGUUCAUUGGAUGUUAUAAAGCCUGUUGAGCUUAAACCUGAAGCUAAUCAAACGCGUCCUGCAAAGCAGCCAUGUUGCUCGACUGUCUAGCUAUGUCUAURGUCAAGAACAGUGCUUUUCAUCUACGGUACAGAUGUGAAAUAGUAAUUUUAUAAAAGAUAUCCAUGGGCUUACAAUAUUAGAAUUUAAUGCAGUAUUAUAAAAAAGCGCCUCCAAGAUGUUGACUAAAAAGAUAAUAGACUGAGUUAUCUCCUUAACGGAUUCACUGAAAUCUAAUCUUAAAGAUGGCUACUGUUAUCGAUCGCCCACAUACAGGGAUAUAGUUUAAUAAGUACAGUAAAUAAUGUAUAUCAUUAGGAAUAUGGAUACAAUACUCAUAAAGAAAAUCCAUCUAUCUUAGUAAAUACACUGAUCAUUUCAGUAAUAAAGURAAUACAAUUCAUGUCUUAAAAGCCAUGUGGGAUGAGCUCAGAAAAUAUCUUCGAGCAUGCGCAAUAGACUCUUUGCUCGGCAUAUCUGAUUGGACGAGAGGAUUCUCGGCAGGAUAUCGAUGUCUAUUACCGGCUAAAGUUAGUCCUGCAAUGAAGAUAUAAGUUGGGGGGUCCGCCAUUUUAAUUAAAAUUAUGAAAUAACUCAUUUAUGGAAUUAUGGAUCGAAAUAUUCGUUUUAAACGCAUAUGAGGCGGGUUUAUCGAUUAUCGAUUAAGAAUAAAGAUCCGAUAAUUGAUGAAAUUCAUUAAAAUGUUGCAGAUCC